AUUUUAUCAAACCGAAUCGCGUUUGGUCCUUACAGGCCGCCGUACUCAGCGAACAACACGGCAGGCGGAGGUGGCGGGAUACAUUGCUGCAUGUGAAGCACACCGAACUAAACAACAACACAACACGACAACAGUGAGACCCGAUGGACCCGAUAGCCAAAUACAUCUCGCAGAAAAUCAGUAAGACGCGGUGGCGGCCUAUUUCUCCUGCUUUAUUACAGCAGCCUGAAGUGUUCGCCACAGGAUCCUGGGACAACGAGAAUAACAAAGUGUCGAUCUGGUCGGUGGGAGAUCAUGGAGUCUCUAACACAGACGGAGAGUUUGAUGAAGAGCCUCAGUUACUGUGCGACUCUCAGCAUGACGGGGAUGUGAUGGACCUACAGUUUCUAGAUCAAGACCGACUCGUUUCUGCAUCAUCAAGCGGAGCUGUGACGAUCUUUAAGCUUCAGCCUGACUGUCAGGCUCUUUCGUUGGCUCAUGUGUGGGAGAGGGCUCAUCGAUAUCCUUGUGAUAAUGCACCCUGCACUGCAGUAGUGUGCAGAAGCCCUGAACUAGUGUCAGUGGGUGAGGACGGCCGGGUUACUCUUUACAAGGCAGAUCAGACUGAAGUUGUCCGUGUUAUUGAAAAUGCAGAUAGCAGUACGAUUCAUGCCGUGACUUUUCUAAGGACGACUGAAGUUCUCACUGUUAACUCCAUCGGUCAGCUGAAGAUGUGGGACUUCAGACAGCAGAGUGACAGUCCUGCACAAAUUCUCUCUCUCACUGGGGACAGAGUGCCCUUGCACUGUGUGGAUAAACACCCAAACCAGCAGCACAUAGUGGCCACUGGAGGACAGGAUGGGAUGCUGUGUAUCUGGGAUGUGAGACAGGGCAAUACACCCUUCUCUCUCAUAGAGGCCCAUUCAGCGGAAAUGUGGGAAGUACAUUUUCAUCCAUCAAACCCCAAUCACUUGUUUACGUGUUCAGAGGAUGGUUCUCUGCUACACUGGGAGACGACUUCAGGAUCAGACAUGAGCACACUCCUACAGAAGGGCUGGAACAGCAGGGUCGUCUCGCAUAGUGCCAUACCGAUGGCAGGGGAGAAUGACUCUGUGGUCAGCGCCUGGCUUGCUGGGGACUCCAGCAAAAAUAGACUGGAGGCAACUCAUAUGCUGCCCAGCCAGACACUGUCUGUCAACAGCCUCGAUGUGCUUGAGCAGUGUUUAGUGUGUGGGACUGAUGGAGAGGCCGUGUACGUCCACAGACAAGUUCCUGUUUGAUUACUGACCCCAAACAUGUAUGAAAGAGAAGGCUUGGAAUAUUUUUAUAAACUAAACGUCUUUGUCCAGUUGGUUGAAAUUACACAAGAAAUGAUCAAGUCAUUAAAAUGGCCAUGUGUACAGCCUUUCUGUGUGAUAUAAGUUUUGUUGAAGUACUCGGGAUACAGUGACGGGGACCAUAAUAAAAACUUAUCAUACU